AUGGCCAGAGGAUCAGUGUCUGAUGAAGAAAUGAUGGAGCUCAGAGAAGCUUUUGCCAAAGUUGAUACUGAUGGGAAUGGAUAUAUCAGCUGCAAUGAGUUGAAUGACCUGUUCAAGGCUGCUUGCUUGCCUCUACCUGGAUACAGAGUGAGAGAAAUUACAGAAAACCUGAUGGCUACAGGUGAUCUGGACCAGGAUGGGAGGAUCAGCUUUGAUGAGUUUAUGAAGGUUUUUCAUGGCCUAAAAAGCACCGACGUUGCCAAGACCUUUAGAAAAGCAAUCAAUAAGAAGGAAGGGAUUUGUGCAAUUGGUGGUACUUCAGAGCAGUCUAGUGUUGGCACCCAACACUCCUAUUCAGAGGAAGAGAAGUAUGCCUUUGUUAACUGGAUAAACAAAGCCUUGGAGAAUGAUCCUGACUGUCGGCAUGUCAUCCCAAUGAAUCCAAACACGAAUGAUCUCUUCAACGCUGUUGGGGAUGGCAUUGUCCUUUGUAAAAUGAUCAAUCUAUCAGUGCCUGACACAAUUGAUGAAAGAACAAUAAACAAAAAGAAACUCACCCCUUUCACCAUUCAGGAGAAUUUGAAUCUGGCUCUGAACUCUGCCUCAGCCAUUGGGUGCCAUGUGGUUAACAUCGGGGCUGAGGACUUAAAGGAGGGGAAGCCUUACCUGGUCCUGGGACUUUUGUGGCAAGUCAUCAAGAUUGGGUUGUUUGCCGACAUUGAACUCAGCAGAAAUGAAGUUCUGAUUGCUCUUCUGAGAGAAGGGGAGAGUCUGGAGGACUUGAUGAAACUCUCCCCUGAGGAGCUCCUGCUGAGAUGGGCUAAUUACCACCUGGAAAGCGCAGGCUGCAACAAAAUCAGCAACUUCAGCACUGACAUCAAGGACUCAAGAGCAUAUUAUUACCUGCUGGAACAGGUUGCUCCAAAAGGAGAUGAAGAAGGUAUUCCUGCUGUUGUGAUUGACAUGUCAGGACUGAGGGAGAAGGAUGACAUCCAGAGGGCAGAAUGCAUGUUGCAGCAGGCGGAGAGGCUGGGCUGCCGGCAGUUUGUCACGGCCACAGAUGUUGUCCGAGGGAACCCCAAGUUGAACUUGGCUUUCAUUGCCAACCUCUUUAACAGAUAUCCUGCCCUGCACAAACCAGAGAACCAGGACAUAGACUGGGGGGCUCUUGAAGGUGAGACAAGAGAAGAACGGACAUUUAGGAACUGGAUGAAUUCCUUGGGUAUUAACCCUCGAGUCAAUCAUUUGUACAGUGACUUAUCAGAUGCCCUGGUCAUCUUCCAGCUGUAUGAAAAGAUUAAAGUCCCCGUUGAUUGGAACAGAGUAAACAAACCACCAUACCCCAAACUGGGGGGCAAUAUGAAGAAGCUUGAGAAUUGUAACUAUGCUGUGGAAUUAGGGAAGAAUCAAGCUAAGUUUUCCCUGGUUGGCAUUGGUGGACAAGAUCUCAAUGAAGGAAACCGCACACUAACAUUGGCCUUGGUUUGGCAGUUAAUGAGAAGGUACACACUGAGUAUUCUGGAAGAAAUUGGAGGUGGACAGAAGGUCAAUGAUGACAUUAUUGUCAACUGGGUAAAUGAAACAUUGAAGGAAGCAGGAAAACGUUCAUCCAUCUCUAGUUUCAAGGACCCAAAGAUUAGUACAAGUUUGCCCGUUCUGGAUCUCAUUGAUGCCAUUCAGCCAGGUUCCAUUAACUAUGACCUUCUGAAGACAGAGAACCUGAACGACGAAGAGAAACUCAACAAUGCAAAGUAUGCCAUCUCUAUGGCCCGAAAAAUUGGAGCAAGAGUGUAUGCCCUUCCAGAAGACCUGGUUGAAGUGAACCCCAAAAUGGUCAUGACAGUGUUUGCUUGCCUCAUGGGGAAAGGAAUGAAGAGGGUGUAA